CAUUGCAGCUCCAAUGACGGGGUGGAAAUAGCUUCACAUUUAGAUGCUUUUGGUCACCUCUACAUUCCUUGGCCUCUUGCCGUUAUCUUCAGACCAGAAAGAACCUAGGACACUUCGACAAUGAACCAGAUUGUGCCAUCCCUUUUCACAAUCCUUUCUGUGGAGUUAUCAUGCUGUCCUAGAAAUGCAUUUUCAGCACCUUUCAAGGCAUACGAAGAGCUCGGGAAGAGUCCUCCAGCUCCAGAGGCCAAUGCUGGGACAGCUCAGCCAACUUCGGAAUCACUUCUGGAGUUUAUGGUGAUUCCAAACCGGCCCGCCUUCGCGAAGAUUGUUGUUGAAGGUUCUAUAGGCUUUGGUUUUGCCUUUGUGAUCGCAAUUGCUUUGUGGUGUAUCCUCUCUGAAUUGGUAGGUCGACUGAAGGGGGUUAACGCUCGUGGCAAGCGCCUUCUGGCACAAAAUUUCUUUUUGAGGCAAGUCCAGGAGGAAAAAGAGGCAGCCAGGAAAAAACUAAUGGAAGAAAAGGAAUAUGAAGGCUCAGCUAAGACAGGAAAAGCAAAGAAAAAGAAGAAAGGGAAAAGGCAUGCAAUAAAGAAGAAACUAGGUAAAAUUAAGAAGGUUGCAAAAUCAGAAGCUGUGCAAAAGCACAUUGGUAAAAUUAAGAAGGUUGCAAAAUCGAAAGCUGUUCAGAAGCAUAUUGGUAAGAUCAAGAAGGCCGCAAAAUCGAAGGCUGUUCAGAAGCAUGUUAGUAAGAUUAAGAAGGCAGCGAACUCCAAGGCUGUUAAGAAGCACAUUGGUAAGAUUAAGAAGGCUGCAAAGUCAAAGGCUGUUCAGAAGCAUGUUCGUAAGAUUAAGAAGGCAGCGAACUCCAAGGCUGUUAAGAAGCACAUUGGGAAGAUUAAGAAGGCCGCAAAGUCCAAGAAUGUUCAGAAACACAUUGGGAAGGUCAAGAAGGCAGUGGCAUCAAAGGUAAAGAAUAAGAAAGAGGAAAAAGUAAGAAGGAGAAGAGCUCUAAAAAGAAGAAGGAAGGUGAGACAAAAAGUAAAAAAAGUUCACAUAAAAAAGUGAAACAUAGGAAAAGUGAAGAGGAUUCUGAAGACUCUGACUAGCAAGCACAAAGACUGGAACCAGGUGGUCAAUGGGGAUGGGUCAAGAGCAGGCGGAGUACAGCAUCAUCCCAAAAGGAAAGUGAAGAGGGC